CACGCCCCCUCCCUCCCGAGCCGCGGAACCUCCGUGCGCGGCGUGAGGAGCCGGGCGGGCGUGGCGGCGCGGCGGCGCGAUGAGCACGAAGCAGGUGACGUGCAGGUACUACCUGCAGGGCGUGUGUCGGGAGGGAAGCAAGUGCCUGUUCUCCCACGAUUUGGCCACCAGCAAAUCCUCCACCAUCUGCAAGUACUACCAGAAGGGGCAGUGUGCUUACGGCGCCCGCUGCAGGUAUGACCACGUGCGGCUCCCUCCGGGCGGAGCCGCGGCCCCGCCGCCCCCCGCGGCCCCGGGCAGCCCCCGGCCGCCCCCCGAGCACGGUCCCGCCGCCCCCCGCAGCAGGAGGGAGAAGAGGACGCUGGUGCUCCGGGACAGAAAUCUGUGCGGCUCCGGCGAGGAGAAGCAGCGUCCCGACGCCCCCGGGGCCGCAGGGUGCCGCGCCGACCCUGGGAACGGCGAGGAGGGCAAGCCCCACUCGUACCUGGAGGCCAUCUGCAGCGGGCUGGAGGAGCCGGGGCCCGGGGGCUGUCCCGGGGCCGCCGAGCAGCUUUGUCCCUACGCCGCCGCCGGCGCCUGCCACUUUGGGGAGCGCUGCCUCUACCUGCACGGGGAGCUGUGCCAGAUCUGUGGCCUCCAAGUGCUGCACCCCUUCGACCGGGAGCAGAGGAAGGCCCAUGAGAUGAUGUGCAUGGCAACCUUUGAGCACGACAUGGAGAGGGCCUUUGCCAUCCAGGCCAGCCAGGACAAGGUGUGCAGCAUCUGCAUGGAGGUGGUGUACGAGAAACCCUCGGCCUCGGAGAGGAGGUUUGGGAUCCUGUCCAACUGCACGCACACGUACUGCCUGUCUUGCAUCCGCCAGUGGAGGUGUGCCAAGCAGUUUGAGAACCCCAUCAUCAAGUCAUGCCCUGAGUGCCGGGUCAUCUCCGAGUUUGUCAUCCCCAGCGUGUACUGGGUGGAAGAGCAGGAGAAGAAGAAUGAGCUGAUUGAAGCGUUUAAGCAGGGAGUGGGGAAAAAGCCCUGCAAGUACUUUGAGCAAGGGAAAGGAACGUGUCCCUUUGGAGGGAAGUGUCUUUACCUCCACGCUUAUCCCGACGGGACCCGGGCUGAGCCCGAGAAGCCCAGGAAGCAGCUCAGCUCCGAGGGCACAGUGCGGUUCUUCAAUUCCGUGCGCCUGUGGGACUUUAUCGAGGACAGGGAGAGCAGGAGUGCGCCCGGCGCUGACAGCGAGGUGACGGAGCUGGGGGAGUUGUUCAUGCACCUCUCUGGGGCUGAGGAGGAUCCCCCUGCUGCCCAGUGAGCACACACAGCCCCACAGCUGCUCAUCAGCCAUGCUUUUACUCUCUCCAGCACACCUAAAACAAAGCGUGCUCUGCUGGUUACUUGUGCAGUCCUGGUAACGUUUUCAGGUAGUUUUUAUAUGGCAACAACAACAAAAAAGACUAAAAUAUGUUAAAAAAAAAUUUGGCUGCAUGGAAAAAAAAAAAUCCCUUAAUCCCAGGAGGGUCUUCUCCCUCUCUGGCUUAACAGAUGCUGUCUUGUGAGCUGAGUGGUAGUGUAAAUACAGGUCCAGUGAAAGCUUAAGCUGGUAAAAAACUGUUGCUAAAUAAGAGUUUGGGUGCUUUUGAGUGUUUUCCUCCACUAAAUCAGCUAAAUGUAUAACUACAAAAGCCACUGGAAAUAAUGGUCAGUGUAGGGUUUUACUCUUUCAAAAGGAACUGGUACACUAAACUUCAAAUAGCACCUGGAGUUCAGAGUGGAGCUUGGUGGAGUCUGGGUGUGUGGGGACUGGCUGGGCAGGGCCUGGCUCUCCAGGUGCUGCCAGGCCACUUCCCAGCCCUGUUUUCCACCUGUUCCAGUGCUCAGAGUCAGCAGUGGCUCCUGCUGGAGCAAUUCCUGAACUCCCUGCACAAAUGGGAGCUCAGAAGGUGCAGCACACCAGUGAGGUGUUCUCACUAAUCCUGGCCACGAGUGGCUCUGCAGCAGCUCAGUACCUCCAGUCCCCUUUUCCCCAGGAGGGCUGAGGGAUUAAUGCACUGCUGAGUUAACAGAACUGUUACUGAAUUCUGGCUUUGUUAAAAAUGGGAUUUCUGUUGGUGUGGCAAAGGCAGUUUGAUUUGUAAUCUGGUACCAGAAUUAUUUAGAAUUCAUUCUGCCAAGUCAUUUGUAUUAACUUUGCAGUUAAACCAAGAAGUCAGUGUGCACUCAAGUGCUGCUGAGUAACAGCAUGGACAACCCUGAGACACUGAGCAGUGUUUGUAAAUACAGAGGUGUGGGGUUUAUUUUCAAACAGUGUGGUUGCAAUGGAAGGCAGGUGUGUAACUGGUUUGGUUAUCUAUAGCAAUACAAAAGCAUAAAAAUAAUACUUCAAAAAUGUGUAAGAAAGCAAGGUGUGUAAUCACCACCCUUGGAUCAGUGAUGGUCAGAGUCUUGCUCCAUCAGGGGUGGAAAAUGAUGAAGAAAAAUGUGUUCAGAGACUUGGGCAGGAAGCUGCUGGGCCACCCCUGGGGUCUUGACACCAGGAUCUGGGUCUCUGAUGGGAGGGAACAGCAGGAACCUUCAUCAGGAGUCCACCAUCUUGAACUGGCACCAGAGCAGUGACUGCAGGAUUUCCCAUUCAACUGCUGUUGGCAUUUCUGGGUCAGGAGCUCCUCCCCUCUGCCCCUGCCAGCUGUGCCCUCUCUUCUGACCAGGAAAUUAAACUUUCCCUUCAUUAUUCCCCCCUGAAGUUAAUUUUUAGCAGUGCUCAUUGCAGUCAGGUCUGGCCUCGGCAGUGUCUGCAGUAAUUCCCAGUUCCUUGGUAAAACUGGCCCAGCAAAGCUCUUAGGUCCAGCUGGUCAGCACUAAUGACAAAGGAGAAUGGAAAUCAUCCCCAAGAGCGAUGUCACACACUAAGAUCAACACUGCAAGGGCACCCAAACGUCCUUUGUACCCCAGAACACUCCCCCAGCCCUCACCCUCCCACUGAAGCUCAUUUCCAUCUGCUCCUGCAUGUAAAUUUGUUUUUUUCCAGAAAGAAAUAUUGGCAGGCAUACACUAAAAAAAAAAAAAAAUCAAGGGAAAGGAUGUUCUUUACCUGAAACAAGACAUUCCUGAUUUACUUUACCCCAAGAAGCCAUGAGGAGUAGUCUGAAAUUGAAAAGUUAAAUUGUUCUUCAAAGCUACCCAGGUACUUAAAAUGUCUGAGUUUUUAAGUUCUUCACUCAGCACUUUUCAUUUAAUUGGAUAUCAAGUGCUGGUUAAAAUAAACCUACUUAUCAAAAAUACUUCAUUUUUUCAAGAGACACAUGAUCUGGUUUAAAACUCAUGGGUUAAUGGUUUCUUUUGGGAAAUCAGAGUUACAGUAAAAGCAGCUUACAUCUUCUGGGUUUUUUUCUUCCAUGUUUUAAGCUUAUAAUAAUGAAGUGAAAAUUAGAGAUAAAUAAUGUUUAGAGAGAGUUGCAGCCCAAAUACCAAUAAUAAUAUUAAAACCAUGCAGAACUGUAUGGAGCAGUUUCCUUCAAGUCUCAGUUUACUAUUUGGGAAGCAAAGCAUCCCCAGUUUUCACCCAGGAAUUAAUAUUCUACCCCUCUUCUGUUAUAGAAAAUCCUGAGGACAGACUGGAGGUGAUUCCUGUGUCUGGCUCUCCUCCCUUUCACAGGAGCUUUGUGGGGUUUUGCUGCUGCAGAGGAGAAGCUGCAGAGGCUUGUUUGGGCAUUCCAGGAGAGCUGGACACAGGGACUGUCACAAUUCCCAGCAAAGGCAGCAGCUCUGCCCAGCAGCUUUGGGUGGAGGUGCCAAAGGGCACAGCCACCCCCCGUCCCCAAGUCCCUGUGCACCCACAGAAAGGCAAAAUCCCAAACUGGGCUUCUGUUCAUGCCCUAAUAACCACAUUUCACCACCUCCUAAUUGAAAAAAAAAUCCAUUUUUAGAUGCAUCCACCUCUUCCUGUCCUUCAUGGAGUUCAGCCAACACAAAGAACUCACCUGCACCUCAAUAAACAAGAGACAAGAGAGCAAAAGUGGUGCAGGGCAAGAGCCUGAGCACAGCAGGGUGGGGAUCCAAAGCAGCUGCUGGUGGAAGAUCAUGACAGUAGGGAAAAGCUGUCUUGUCAUGUGACUGGAAAUGUAGAGAUUGUCUUAUCAAUUGUGUUUUUACUUGCACUGCUGUUACCACAGUUACUUUUUAAAAAUUAUUCAGAAUGUCAUUCCUCGAGUUUUCCAAAUGCAGAUGUCCCACUCGGAACUGUGGAUGGCUACAUUAAAAUGAUGACAUUGAAUCUUAAACCUAAAAUUUAAUUUAUUUUAUUAAAAUAAGAUAAUCAGAGGAACCUUGGCUUACAAUAAAUGCAUUUUCUCAGGAGCAAUAAAAACAAAAUUAAAACCCAAAUCAACAAGAAAAACUGUAUAUGCUCAGUUUCCUCUUGCUAGUGCAUCUCUUGGACGACAGCUUCCGCUGGGAUGCAGCCUGUGCAGGAGGUAGGAACAUCCCUCAGUCUUUUCCAGCCCCCAGCUCAGCAUUCCUCACUCACUCACCCCUGCCUGGGCUGCAGGAACAGGUCCAUAGUACCAAAGGCAGCUGGGAGGCUUCUCAAGAUGACCAAAGCAGGACUGGCUCACCUCCUUCUCUGAGCAGGACAAUUCACAACAGAUUCCAUCCUUUUGCAAGAGUUUUUCUUCUAUGUGCAAAACUAUUGCAAAACUAUUUUUUUUUGUGUGUUGAAUUAGCAUUUGAACUUAUUUCAUUGGCUUGGUGAAGCUCUUAGGCAGGAGCUGAUUUCCAGAGUUAUCUCCUCUUCCCGUUCUGGGCACAACUCCCCAGGGUGAGGUGGCACUUGCACGGGGCAGUCAGAGCACCAGAACGUCACCUGUCCUCAGAGCCACCUCACUGAGCACAGAGCACACCCAGCCACAGCCACUGCCAAAGAAACGGCCAUCGCUUCUGGGAAGAGGAAAAAUAAGGCUCAAGUGCAUCUAUUAAAAAAAUAGUAAUAGAUCUCUUGAUUUGUAGUCUGUUACCCUCUCCCAGAACAAGAGAUGGUAGCAAAGGCAAUGAGGAGCUGUGUCCCUGUGGGCUGAGAACUGCACAAAUCUGUAGCAGCUUCAUUGUAGAAGAGGGACGCAGAGGAUCCUGCGGGAGGAGCCCGGGCACCGUGGGAAGCACGAGUGGUGUUCCUCCUGCUGCUCCAGCCAGGGGAGCAGGGGCAGGAGCAGCUCAGGACACAGCUCAGAACACAGGCAGCCUGGUGGAGGUCAGCGUGCACGAGUUGAUGUCCUCGGUGUGGGCGGCGCGGUGCAGGGACGGCUCCGAGGCGCUGCGGUUGAUUUUGGGUAGAGAGUGCUGCAACAGCUCGAUGGACGAGAGGAUCUGGGGGGAAACAGCAGCUUAGAGAGGACUGUGGGACCAGCAGCUCCCUCUGUUUCCAUUUAAAUAUUCACUCAUUCAAUUCUCAUCCAAUCCAA